AUGCCAACAUCCGCCAACCCUUCUAGCCGUGCUAGGGGGGUCACGCUACCAGCGCUGCAAGCACUGCCAGUACUGGACGCCGUGGAGCCCACUGAAGCCGAGUUGGCUGUCAGCGAGCAACUGAAACAGGAUCUUGAACUGGAUUUCCCGCGAGAGACAGCAGAAGGCUUGGCGCAUCGCGAACAAGUCCUGGAGGAGCUGGAAGGCAUCGUCUCAGAAUGGAUCCUGGAAGAGGGACGAAGUCAAGGAGCAGCCAGUUUGGGGUUGGGUGUGGUGCAGCCUGGCAGCGACAUGGACACCUUGUGCAUCGCACCACCGCAUGUGGCCCGCGAGGCCUUCUUUACCGCUUUCCUCAAGAAGUUGGAGAACCAUCCGCAUGUCUCCGACUGCGUUCCCAUCCCCGGAGCGUGCCUUGGCUGGGGGUAG